UAUUUCCGUGAUCUUCAAGGGAAUGAAGGAAGGUCGGUAUGGAUAGCUUGGUAUAACACGCAGAGAGGAGAAAGAAAGGUUCUAUUGUAACAAAAGAGACAUGGGUAGGCUUUUCGUCGUCAGUUUGGAAGGCAACAUCUAUAGCUGCAAGCACUGCCAAACCCAUCUCGCUUUAUUUGAAGACAUCUAUUCUAAGUCUUUCCACUGCAAGCAUGGGAAGGCUUAUCUCUUCAAUAAGGUUGUGAAUGUCUCAGUUGGGGAGAAAGAAGAGCGGAUGAUGACGACGGGACUGCACACUGUUGCUGACAUUUUCUGUGUAGGAUGCGGGUCAAUUGUCGGAUGGAAAUAUGAGGCUGCAUAUGAGAAGGCCCAGAAGUACAAGGAAGGAAAAUCCAUCCUUGAAAGGUUUAAGGUAUCAGGCCCUGAUGGAAGCAAUUACUGGGUUAGUCAUGAAGCUCAGGUUGGUGGAAGUGAUGCUGAUGAUGCUUGAUUGCCUAUGAUUGAUUAUUCAGGCAAUGCUUCACCUGUUCCUUGUGUAUAUUCUUGAUCUUAUAGUUCUCAACUUAAAUGGAUCUUCAAUUUGGUAACUUUUAAUGUUUCAGCUA